GCGCAUUAUUUAAAGUGAUUUAAUAGUAACUAACCUUUUGUGCUGUAAAAUUGUAGACAAACAUGUGUCUGAAGGUUAUUAUAAAUUUAUUGGGGAUUACUUAAAUCGAAUACCUUUUAAAAUCAGUUUAAAGUGCAGUUUAAAAGAUAAAAAGUAGACUAGUUGUUAAAGAAAAAUUCAGCUGAUCUUCAUAUUUAUUCAUAGUUGUGGUGAAAACAAAAAAGUUUACAGAAAAGUGUUCAGUACUAUGAACUCAGAGCUUGUCUGCGUUGUAGCCAACUUAGGGUAUUAUGAUGGAGAGGUUUACUUUAAAGGAUCAGAUUGCCUAGAAAGUCUAAAGGAUCUUUUACGAUUUCUUCGAAAGGAAGAUGAAAGUUGUGAGAUAAGAAGACAACUUGGACAUUCACAAGUUUUACAAAAAGACCUGCUUCCAUUGUUGAUAAGCGAAACUGAAGACAAUGAACUUAUAGACAUGGUUGUAAGAUUAUUAGUGAACUUGACAUCACCUGCUGAUAUUUGUUUUAAUAAGAAGCCAGAGGAGGCAGAAGAAGUAUCAGAAAAACAAAAACCUUCUAGUUCAUAUCAAACAAAUUAUCUUGAAGUUGUUAACUACCUUAUAUCUUAUAAAGAAGCAUUUACUGAACAAAAGGUUCUUGCUGCUAUUGCCAGUCAUCUUGGUGCUAUUAUGCAAAUGGAUAAUGAAGAUCGUGGUGAAGAUGAACUUUUGAUGUUUGAAAGAUUAUUGGUUAUUCUUCGCAACGUUUUGCAUGUUCCUUCAAAUCCCAAUGAAGAAAAGAGAACAGAAGAUGAUGUUUCAGUACAUGACCAAGUUCUUUGGAAUUUUCAUGUGAAUGGAAUUGAUGAUAUUAUAAUAUAUAUUGCCAGCUCACCUGACCAGGUUCGAUGGUCAAUGCAUGCGCUAGAAAUUGUUAAUUUAAUGCUAAGAGAGCAAAAUCCUGAAAAACUAGCAUUGGCUUCUAAGACCAACAAUAAAACUGAAGAUGCAAGAGCAUUUUUGGUUGCAAAAGAAAAAGAAGAAGCUUUAAAAAAAGUAUCUUCAAAAAAAAUUGCAAACACCAGACAUUCAAGAUUUGGUGGAAGCUUUUGGGUCAUGAAUUUGAAAGGGGUUGGAAACAAAACCACACUUGUCCAACACAAGCAUGUCACAUCUGUAGAUGAUAUUAGUUUUGAUCAAAACAAAUAUCCAGCUAAAGUAAGCAAACGGAAAAAACCAGCCAAUGAAACUACAGUUGAAAGGAGUUCCACUUUAAGCAUAAGAUUAUUUUUGAAAGAGUUUUGCGAAAGGUUUUUAGAAAUUUGCUAUAAUCAUUUGAUGAGAGUGGUCAAGAAUAACAUUGUUGGAAAACUCAUGCAAGAAAAUGAUGAAACAUACUAUUUUUGGGCAGUCAGAUUUUUUAUGUCGUUUAAUCGUGCUCAUUUGUUUAAAGUUGAAUAUGUGAGUGAAACAAUCAACAUGAACAUGUUUCACUAUGUUCUGAAAGGAAUCAACAACUAUUUUUCUCAGCUUGAUUUAAAUAAAACCAGAGUAUGGCAACCAUGGCAAAAAAGAUUACACUCAGCAGUUCAAGCAUAUAAAGAACUAUUAACAUGGAUUACAAACAUGGAUAGAUCGCAAGAUACUAUUCUUAAAGACGCUUCAUCAAUUAUUAAAAAUAAUGUAUUUUAUCAUGAGGAAUACAGAAAUAUUUUUCUUUUAUUGAUUCGUAGUUAUGCUGCCAAUAUGCAGUCAAAAAAGUACUUGGCGGACUUGAUAGAAACUUUUCAUAUUUUUUUAAAGCUACUGGAAAAGUUUUGUGGAGAAAAAGGAUCUAUAUUAACAAAAACAAAAAAAAAAGUAAUCAAGCGUCAUAAAAAGGUACCAACUAAUCAAAAGCAAAAGGUAUUUUCUGAGGAACAGCUUCAAGAUUUGUGGGAAAAUGAAAUUGCACCAAGUCUUUCUUCUAUUUUACAAGGAAAUGAUGAGUUGCCUGAGUACUUUGAAAGUGUCUUUGAUCCGUCUUCUGAGAUACUUGUUGAAGAACAAAGUCAUAUUGCUAUGAUACGCAUACAAGAUCUCUUACGAGCUGGAAAACUAGAGGGUGUUUCUCUUCUGCGAGCAUCAAGAGAAGUUUGGCCAGAAGAAAAAGCUUUCGGUUCACAAGCUAUGAAUCCAGAAGAAGAAUUCAUGGUUGUUCGCAAUUUAUUGUUUAAAGAGCUUAAUAGAGUUCAGCCUACAUCAUCUACAGAAGUUUCCACUACAGCAGAUAAUGAUCUCAGUAAUGAGGAACUAAAUGAGCAUGAAAAUGAAGAAGAAGAGUUGGUUAAAGAAAGAACAGUUGAACGAGAAUUUUAUUUGAAUUCUUUUAUAACAUCGCUUGCAACUCAUCAAAUGGUAGGACCUUAUUGUUUUUUAUUAAAACAUUUUCACUCAAAUUCACAUUCAACUAAUCAUGCUAUUGCCAAGAUGAUGCACAGGGUAGCUGUUAAUCUUAAGCUACCAGAAAUGUUUUUUCAACUCUCUGUGUUUAUUACAUUUAAACAGAUUCUUGAAGAUCCUUCUAAACAGCUCAAGGAGCUAGCAGAUUUUGCAAAGUACAUUAUAAAUAAGUUUGUUGAAACUUCACAAACUAACCCAAAUAUUUUUGUAGAAGCAUUAUUUUGGAAAGGCUCUGGUGAUUGUUACCAAAUAAGUGAGAGAGAAGGCGAUGAUACUAGGAAUCAUUCUGUUAAAACUCGUGAAAAAUGGACAUUUGAAGAAGAAGAGCAGCUUAAAGAGCUUUACAAUCAACACAAAGAAAAUAAAGAUGUUAUUGAAGAAAUUUUAAAGAGUACAAUAGCUAAAGAUCGCACAAAGCGACAAAUAAUCAAUAAAUUGGUGCGGCUUCGUCUUAUUGAGAAUGCAAAAGAACUUCCUAAAGAGAAAAAAGUCAAGCAACCGAAAUGGAGUGAGGAGCAGACAGAAGAAUUACUUCGAUGUUUUGAAGAAUUUAAACAAACAAACGACCCUGUUGCAAACAUAAUGGCUGCACUUACUUUCCCUAAGUCUAAAAAUAUGAUUAUUAAACAUUUGUUGGAAACAGGAAAAGUUGCUGAUAAAAAAGAGUUAUACAAGAAUAAAAAAUCAAAAAAAAAAGAUUCUAUGAAUGGUGAUAAAGACAGUUCUCAUGAUGAUAAUGAUACAGAUGAUGAUGAUGAUGAUGUUAUGGGUGCUAGAGAAGAAUUUCAUCCUCACUCAGCAGAAGGUCUUUCUCAUAAAGUUCAUGUUGAAAACUGUUUUGAAAGUAUCCCAUAUAACGAAAAUAAAUUUGUCAACUUGUGCUGCCAGUUAAAACAAAAAGGUUAUUCACAGCAGAUUAUCUGGUUGCAAACACGAUUAAGGAGAGCUGCAGAGGGGAGAGAAGAAGAUGAUGAUUGGUACCCAGUUCCUCUGUUAACUUUGACUGAAGAUGACGAAAAGGCUUUGUGUUGUGAAGAUUUUCAAAUUUUGUUAAAAAUGAUGGGUCUAAAACCCCCAGCUGAUGAGCAGGAAGCUUUUUGGAGAGUUCCCGAAAGUUUGAGCCCUUUGGAUUUAAAGCAUUUUGCUGACAUUCUUGAAAAAACAAGUGUUUUAAGCAAUGGAAGUGAAUAUCAAAAAAGUGGAGAACUCGAGAGCAUUGAAAAUCCAAAUGAAAUAAAGACAAGUAAAUCUAUAAAACGAGAACACUCACCAACUGAUAGUGAAGACGAUAGUUAUGAAAAAUACAUUAAAACAAAUCGAAAAAUUAAAAGAAACAAAAUCAUUGAUGAGACAUCUGAUAGCGAACAUGAAAAUAAUCAUGUACCAUUGACUUCAUGUGAAGAACAAAUCGAAAAAACGGAAAAAGAAGAAUUAAAUCACAAAAAAGUAGAUGAAGAUUGUUCAUUAAGCGAAAAUAGCAAUAUAUGCGACUACUCAACUUUAGAUUUUAGCUUACGUGUUUCGGAAGAUGAAGAUUAACCCAUGUUAAACUUUUUUUGUGUAAACGAUGUACAUGUUGUUGCUGUUUUUAUUUUGUUUUAAUUUU